AUGGCAGACGAUCUGUUCAGGAAUGCGGCCGACGGCAUGAUCACACUGCUCGUGUGGUUGGAGGGCUUCUGCUCGCGCUCAGAGAGCACUGGUGGCAAGUCCCGGGAGACUUUCAUGCGAGAGUUCGCCGAAGAAGUAAAAGAGCUGCUUCUCAGUCCCAAUCGCAAGACGGAGCAGCAGACGCAGCAUCUGCUGCUCGCUACCAUUCUCACCUCAUCCUUCUGCCAAAGUUGGCCGCUUCCAAAAAUGUUCGUUUCUGUGCACAAGAAGGCCAUGCAGGAAUGCUUGAAGAAUUACAAUGGGGUCCUGAGUCAGGUCGGAUGCCACAAAGACGGCUGCUGCUUGCAGGAUGUAAGCAAGCGGAUUCUGCAGCCCUUUGCCGACAGACUGAAGGUUCUGCUGAAUAGACAAGAAGCAAAGGAGCUGCUGUCUCACGCUCGACUGCUUCAAACGUUCGCUUCGGGCCUGUCAUCUUUGGGAGAUUCUCUCCCAUUUCAGCCAUCCUCGAAGAAUGACAACCUGAAUCUCGAUUACCUUCUGGCCGUCUGUGUGAAGCAGCACUCCGGGGACUUGGUGUCGUUCUUGAAGGAUGUGGCUCCUCACAUAGGGCAAGCUGUGCAGAACGCCAAAAGUCCAGCUGAAGUGCUGGCAACAUGCGUGGAGCAUAUCAGGAAACUGGCCGGCAUCGAGGACUGCGGGAAUGUCUUGCAAAUCGCAGAGGGUGUUUGCUCGGGUGCCGACGGACUCUCUUUCGGGGAGCUUGUGCCGAACCUGAUCAAAAGUUGUAGAAUCCUGAAGCAACUCCUGGCGAAGGAAGGGCGAGGUGCGGCAAAAGCAUCAGAAGAGAUCCUCUCACAGUUUCUGGCACCCCUGUUCUUCGUGUCCUCGGUGUCAGACUCUGAACUGGAGCAGUGCAUUGCCCACAUCGUUUGCCUGCAGAGGCAGCUGAAGUGGCAAGUUACUGCGGUAUUGCAUGUUCUGAAGCUACUCGUCAACAGGAUGACCACCGAAAUGCGCUUCAACGAACAUGCCAAGAGGCAGUCAUUCCUGGCGAACCUCCGCACGCACGAGCCUGUUGUCGAGGCCAUGUUUUUGGCAUUCCGUGAGUGCACAUACCCUCAGCAUGCACUUGAGUGGAUAGCCAGAGAAGGAGACUGGCUUCAACCGGAUGCCAUGUGCAACCUGGCUUUGAAGCUCCUGAAGGCGUUCAACAAUGUGAAGCUGCAAGCAGAGGCGUGGCAACGACUUCUGCUUGUCUCCCGUGGCGCCUCGAGAUUUGGGAUUCUGUUGAUGGCAGCGGCACAAAAUCUGUCUGAUGCUGCUGAAGUUUGCAAGCUACUACGGACCGCGCAAGCGUUCACCGAUCAGACCGAAAGCGAGAGGUGUGCCAGGGCUGCAAUUGGGCAGCUGUCCCCGUGGACGGUGCCUUUGGCAGAGUUGGCGGCAAACGCCGAUUGGCUGUCAAGCCUUCUCAUCGAGGCUUGGAUACCCUGUGUAGCAGACGUCCCUCUCGGCACGAAGAAGGAAGAGUCAUUCUUGGCAUGGCUGAAGGCUGGACCGUGCUUGAAUAUGCCUUCGCUCGUCAAGCAACGGUUGCGGCACGGUGCCGACCUGCUUCAUCCGUGGCUGCAAGCUGGUGCACCGCCGGUUCAGGAUCCACUCUGGGUUACAGAAUGGCCCAG